AUGGAAGCCCCUAAGUGGGGAAGUGGUCACAAAUUCGUAAAAGAAUACUUUCGUAUCGUAAAUGAAAGAAUGGCCAAAGUUGGCAAGAAAAAAGAAUGGUUGAAACAUUUCGGUGAAGCUAAAACGGAUUUUGAACGUGUCUGUUACCUUCUUAAAUCACUUGAGGCUUCUAAUGAAGAUAAAACAGGUGUUGGGGUGUUGGGUCUACCGACCAAAAGGGACGAGGUCGUCAAAUUCAAUGUAAAAUCAGAUGAAUUUGCUGAUAAGAUUCUUCUCUCAUUGAAAACUCAAAAAGACGUCAGUAAGUCACUAGACUACGUUAACAGAGCAUUAUUCUUUGCUGAAUCUGACGCCGCAAAACUUAGAGUCCUUGGAAUUCGAGGCCGCCUUCUCUCUACUCUGGGUGAAUUAAGGUGUUUUAGAGGAGAACCACCCGAAGUUAUUAGUGAAGAUUCCUCAAAACACAAGAAAACGAGUCAUGAAAAGAGUGAAGAGGUUUCUUGCCAUCUUUCUGCCUCUCCGAACGGUCGUAUUCAAUUGAGAAAUACGGGUAAUAAGCGAGGAUGGACAUUGGAGGUGACGCAAGAUGUCUCAGUUGGUGACGUGCUUAUGGUGGACAAACCCUAUGCUUCAACUCUACUUUCGGAUCAUUUUGGUACUCAUUGCUAUCACUGCUACAAGAGAACUUUGUCACUUAUACCAUGUCAUCACUGUCCAUAUGUUGGAUUUUGCAGUGAAACUUGUGCGGAAAAUGCGAGUAAGGACAAAUUGCCCGCCUCGGCUGAGGGCACGGGUCGACAUGUCUACGAUUGCCAUGGAAUUGUGGCUUGUAUUAUUUUGGAUAACUACGCUGGCUGGUCAAAAGAGAGUAAGGAUUCCAUUGGUGGACCGAUUGUUGCUCGCCUGGCUUUCGCCUGUGUCGCCAACACCAAUCCCGACACUCUUCUUGAUUACAUUUGUUCAAGUGGACGCUAUGCGGUGAGUGUAUAUUGUAAUUUUUUAAUUCUGAUCCAAUAA